AUGAAGUAUAGUGUUGUGGUCUUAGUGAUUGUGGUUUACCUUUACGAUGCGAAAGCCAGUGGACACAGGAAUUACAAAAGACAUUCCGCUGAAGAAAGUAGCAGAACUAUUACCUCUGAAAAUUCCUCCGUGGAAACAAAAGCUGCAUCACUAGAAUCCUAUUUGAGUUUUGGAUUAGAAAAUUUGGGAUAUGUUGAGUCUUGGUCCAAUAGAACAAAUAUAACGCAAUCUGAAACAUCUUCGGGCUUUGCAACAACAAUUACAACACCACAAUCUUCCACAAUUCCUACUCCUGCAAUUUCAGUUCAAUCAGUUGGUUAUUCUGGUCUCUUGGUACCAAAUACAAUACCUGAAUCAACAAAAAGUUCAGAAACUACAACAGAAAAUAGUAUAAUAGAUACAUCAGUUCCGAAACGAACUACAACAAAAAAAUCGACAACAUACGCAAGCACAGCAACACCUUUAGAACCUGCUACAUCAACAUCUUUGCAGUUUGUGAGCACGACAAGAUCUGCAGAACCUACAAGGACUACAGGGUCAUCAGAAGCUACAACAUCAACUACUACAUCAACAACAACAUCAACAACAUCUUCUACAACAAUCUCAUCAAAGUCAGACAACCUCAAGAAAAGAUCUCCAGAACCUGAAACAACAACAUCUCCUGCAACGCCAACGACAACCAUUACUUCAGAGUCAAGAGAGCCUUUGUCCACAGCAUCUCCAGAAUCUUCUAUUACUUCAAGUGCGUUCACUUCAUCAAAAUUGCUAUUGUCCAGUUCUUCAAUUACAUCGAACACUGUAGAUAAGGAUCCAAGAGAUGUUGUUUUUCCAGAAGGUUCCUACAACGAAGUACCUUCCCCUCAUUAUCGUAACCAGAACGAUCGUACAAGAGAAGAUUUCAAUCACUUCAGACGUUAUGGUUCAUUUUCGCAUUCACAUUCACAUCCCAACGAAGGAAGAUUUAGAUGGAGAGAUAAGGACAACAACAAUUGGCAACCUAGAAGACCUGAUCCUCGAGAACCUCCGAGCGUAACCGGCGAGGGUAUAAUUGAACCAAGAUUUCUCAGGACUGAAGAUCAAAAUCCAGUUGAAAGAAAGGAUAGGGCUGAAGUAGUUCGAUGUGAAUGCACACCUUGCCCGAAUCCUUACUACAUUGAACCUGACUUUGAUCGACAGUACUAUGGAGAUCCUAGAGACAGAUACUAUGGAAAUCGUAGGAGAAUGCAUCACUUCCAUCGUUCUCCGCAUUUAUAUUGA